AGCCGGCGCGGGGCUGCAGGCGAGGAUGGAGGCGGACCUGGGCUCGGCCUCGUCGGCCUCUUCACUACGAGCCCUGGCGCAGCUGUUGGCGUCCCCGCAGGGGGACGCCGCGGACGUCGACUGCGACGAUGGGUCAUAUUCUUCUGUUAAUAUCAUGAGUCCUGGGAAUAUUGGACCAGCAAAGAAAGCAGAAGCCACUGACACCCCUCAAAUGACUCUCACAAAUACUAAAGAUAUCUGGAAUACAGAGGAGGUACCAGAAGGUUCAGAGUUUGAUGAUACCUGGGACCCAAGGGAGCAACCACAGUAUGAGAUUUUAUUCAAACAGCAGGUGGGAACAGAGGACAUCUUCCUGGGGAUGAGCAGGAAGGACCCAUCUACAGCCUGCUGCGAGGACAUGCUGAUUAGAAUCAAACUCCCAGAUACAAAGUCCUCCGAUAUUACUCUGGACAUUCAGGAGAAGAUCCUUGACCUUCGAACCCCCAAAAAGAAGCUGCUACUGCACCUCCCUUACCCUGUGGACAGCAAGAAUGGAAAAGCUUUUUUCAUCUCAGAAAAGGAGAACUUGGAAGUCACCUUAAGGAUGACGAGAGAGUUGGACUUCAUCAACUUUUCUUAAGGGCAGGGAGAAUUAGGGAAAGUUUUCAAGCAGGAAUUUACAUGGCCUUGGAGUUGUCUCAGAACCUGACUGAUAGCCAAGUGAGGGACUGUUCCCAUUCAGAAUGGGUCAGGAGGGACAGAAUCCUGCUGCAGCUCCUUCUCAGACAUUUGUAUGAUGCAGUAGACCAUAUUGUACUUUUCUUGAAGGUGAACAGGAAGCAGAAAUGUACAACAUGGUUUUUCUUCCUAUGGGAAAUUUAGGCCUUGGCAUCACAACCCUACCAUAUCCCAACUCAUCCCAUUCCAAGUGUGGCCCAACAUGCCAGCUGUCGUGGUAUACAAAACACAAAUGGGAGAAGUCUUUUCUGCCUCCUUGAUAAAUAUCCCACAAAGAUCAUGGCUGCAGAUGGUUUCUCAUGGGCUUCUGCUGCUUACUGUUUAGGGUUCUCAGGUUAAGUCUUAAUCUUGCCGUUAGGUUGUUCACAUCACUCCAUAUCUCCAAAAGGGGUGAGUGGGAUUAUAGGUUCCGGGUCAGAUCAUAAACCCGCUGAAGUCAGUAGAAAGAUACCUUGUUAGCUUCAAAGGGUUUGGAUUAAGCCUCAUAUAGUGGUGUAUAGCUUGUUCCAGGAGGUACAACUGAGGCCAGGAUUCCUGUGUACUUAGUUUGAAUGAUUUGUCAUGGGAUUGGUACUGUUUAAAUGAUGCAUUAAUAUGCCAUCUAUGGUUAAUUAAAAUGUUAUUCAUACACUAAUUCAAAUUCUUGCACUGAUACUUUUUGGAAGAGGUCAGGACUUAUAACCAAAACAUAAAAUGGCAGGGAAUACUGGGACAUACUCAGCGGGUCCUUUUAUCUUCCAAAUCUUGUAGAUACGCAGUAUACCAGUUUACAGGUAUGUUCAUUAUGAGUUGUGUAUUUGCCUAGACUUUGUAAACCACCAGUUACUUUUAAAAUAGAAAUGUCAGUAAUUUCAACAGACAGUUUUGCAACAUGCAGUGUGAAACUAUCAGAAGGGAGAAGUCCAGAAAAUGUUGUCAAUACAUUUAAAUGGGGAAUAUUUUGAUGUAAAAAUUCCAGCAGUGUCUAAGUAAGAUACAGUAUGUAUUCUGCUUCUCUUUUUUGAUCUAAGCCCAAGUGCAAGAGCUCUGCAGGUCAUUUCCCUAGAAGAAAAAACUGAUGAUGGAAUCUGGUUCUUUGAUGCUUACUCUUACAGGAGUAAUCAAACAACAGGAGAUAGUUUCUUUGUUCAAACCUUUGUCAGCUGGCAUUUGGCUGGUAGCUGUCUUCUCAACAAUGUGCUACCAGUGCUUCUGCUGAAAGCAAGGCCAGCACAGAGCACGCUAUACCAGCUGUGCAAUUGUGAAGGAGCCUUCUUUGCU